AUGGAAGCCUUGGAUGUCAUCUCUUUGGUUGUCUACGGGGCUACCAUAUUGCUGGGGCUGCCUUCCAAUGCCUUGGCCCUCUACAUCUUCUACUGCCAAGCCAAGACUCGCUUGACACCCAACCUCAUCUACAUGAUUAAUCUCUGCGUCUCCGACCUGGUCUUCGUUCUCUUCUUGCCACUCAAGAUGCUGGAGCUGGGGAAGAUGGAGCGGCCCAUGCCGAGCUUCCUCUGUCCUCUUUACAACCUCAUCCACUUCGGCACCAUCUAUACCAGCACCUGCUUCCUGACCGUUGUCGGCGUAGGUCGUUACCUGGCUGCUGCUUAUCCUAUCCACUAUCAGGUUUACAAGAAAGCUUGUUACUCGUGCUUGAUCUCGCUGGGCAUAUGGUGCCUGGUUGGAUCUCAUGGGCUUCUCAUCUUUGCCCUUGAGACCUCCAGAGACGUCAACUCCACCCUGUUUGCAGGCAAGGACACCUCUUGCUUCAGCAACUUCAGUGAAGACCAGCUGGCUUUGUUGGCCCCUGUGCGGCUGGAGCUGUCCGUGGUUCUUUUUUUCCUGCCCUUAGCCAUCACCUCUUUCUGCUACGUUGGCUGCAUCCGGGUCUUGGUUGGGUCACACCUUCACAAACGGAAGAAGCGGCGAGCGGUGAGGGUAGCAGUGGCCACUCACAUGGUCUUCAUCCUCUGUUUUGGCCCUUACAACAUAUCCCACGUAGUGUGCUUCAUCAAAAGGGAAAACAUUUGGUGGCGCAAUGUGGCCGUGAUCCCCAGCGCAUGCAGUGCUUUCCUGGACCCUCUCAUCUUCUAUUUCCUCUCUUCUGCCAUGGAUGAUGGGAUCACUCAAGUGUGGCUUUCCUUGAGACAGAAAUACAGCUCCAUCAGGCAGGGUUUGGGGAAGAUCACCUUAGCCCAUGGAAAAGCAAGGAGUCAACAGCCGCCCUCUGGUGUUGCCUGA